AUGUCUUCGUUUCAACCAAGUGACGAUGAUUAUGAAGCAAUUACUCGUAUUUUCGAUACAAAUUCAUUAUUUCAAUGUCCAUUAUGUAAAAGAGAUCUUCAAGAUCCACGUAUACUCUGUUCAAAUGGACAUACAUUCUGUUCGAAUUGUAUUCAAAAUGCUCUACCAGAUGAUGGUGUUCUCAAGUGUCCUAUUUGUAAAGAAGCACGUCGUUUCAGUAGUGUUCAAGACAUAAGACAAUUAACAAAAAAUUAUACAUUACAAACAAUAAAACGAGCUGAACAUCAUCGUAUUGCACAAAUAGGUAUAUGUGAAUUAUGUAAUAAAAAGCCUGCCUAUGGUCGAUGUUUUCAUUGUCGUUCAUUAGCUUGUUUUAAAUGUAUGAAUGAACAUGAAGAAAAUAUAGCUAAUGAACAGGCCAAAGAAUAUAGUGAAUUAGUUAAAAUACGUGAUAAUCUUAAUGAAAAAAUAUCUCAAUGGAAUAAUAAGUUAACUGAAUCAAAAGAAAAUAUUCGUAAAAUGAUUCAAGUCGAUGCCGAAAAGCAAAUAAAAGAAAUUCAAGAUCAUGAACAAAUAUUAUAUACUCAAUUAGAUGAUCUCUGUCAAAAUUAUUUACUAACAAAAAAUAUAAAAUUACAAAAAAUUAAAUUUGAUAUGGAAAAAGAAUCACAUGAAUUAGAUGAUAUAGAUCCAAAAAAUUGGAGUAUAUCAGAUCGUAUACGUUUAAAUCAAUAUUGGAUUAAUCUACAACGAAAAUUUGAUGAUCAAUCUAUUGAUUUUAUUUAUAAACCUAAUUCAUCAUCAAUCAAUCGAUCAUAUCUUGGUGAACUUCAUCUUAAAACAGUAAAUCAAGAAAAUAAAUAUUCACAACGACAAAAAUUCAAUACAUUAGAUAAUCAAAAUAGUUUAAUUCCAUUUCAUCAUUCAUCUGCAAGUAAACAUAAAAUUAAAACUGAACAAAAUCUCAAUCAUCAAUUAUCAAAACAAAAUUAUGAUAAUGAAAAUGAACAUAGUUCUCAUAGUAUAGUUAAAUUUUCACCAUCAAGAAAUCAUUCACAAUAUGAUGAUCAUCAAAUUGAACAAGGUAGUAAAUAUGCUAUAAGAAAACUUAUUCGAACUCGUCAACAACAAAAAUCAAAUUCAAAUUUAAAUAGAAAAUUAUCAAAUGAAAUCGAUCAACCAAUUGAAGAUAAUACACCAUUAACACCACGGAUGUCUAUUGCACCAAUACAUCUUGAUAAUUAUAAUAAAAAAGCAAGACAAAUUUUAAUAGGUCCAAAUGAAGCUGAUAAAUUUCUUGCACCAAAAGCAAUUGCUAUUACAGAUACAAAUCAAUUAUUAAUUGCUGAUACAAAAAAACAUCGUAUAAUUAUUUAUGAUUUAAAUUUAAAAACAAUGCGUGCUAUAAAAGGUUUUCUUUUUCCUGAUGGUCUUUGUUUAGCUACGGAACAUUAUGUUAUUAUAAGCGAUCGUCAUCGAAUUUCAAAAUAUGAUUGGUUACAUGGAAAAAUUAUUAGUUUUAUUGGAAGUAAAAAAGAAGGUUGUACACGCUCAUCAUUUUCAUGGCCAAAAGGAGUUGCUAUUGAUAAUAAUUAUGUUUAUGUUUGUGAUUCAUAUAAUUCACGUAUGGUUGUACUUAUUCAUCAAAUGCGUUAUGAAAAGGAAUGGAUUAUUAUGAGAGGUACAAAAAAACUUGAUCCACAAUAUAUUUCCAUAUCAAAUGGCCUCCUCUAUGUAACAGCUUGGCAACGAAUUAAACCUGAAUCAUGUGCAUAUAAUGCUGGUUGUAUUAUUGUUUAUAGUACAGAUGGUACCGCCCAAAGAUUUAUUGAUACAGAUGCUCAAUCUUAUCUUAAUUUAAGUGUUCCUGAGGGUACGAAAUCUUUCCGUUCAGAAGUAAUUGUUCGUAACAUAUUUCUUAUAGGUAUCGUAUGUGAUAGUUCCAAUCAAUUGAUUUUAGCUGAUCGGUAUGCAUCAAAAAUCUUAGCAAUGAAUAAUAAUAAUCAACAAUCUGUUAUACACUUUCAUGGUGAUAAAAUGAAAGCACCACAUUAUGUAUGUUUUUCUAAUGAUCAAAAUACAAUGAUUGUUAGUGAUAUUGGAAAUAAUACAAUACAAUUUUAUGAAAAAAGAACUAAUACACCUCAGUCACUUUCUGCACCAACUCAAAAAGAACAAUAA